AUGGAGCGGGCGGCGGCGAUGCUCAGCUGCUGGGGAGCCGCGCUGGGGGCCGCCGUCUCCGUCCCCGUUCUCCUUCUUGUGGCAGCGCCUUACAUCAGGAAAUAUGUCGCUGGGGGACAGUGUAAGUCAACAGCUAAGCUGGAGGGGAAGGUGGUGGUAAUCACAGGAGCCAACACAGGCAUCGGGAAGGAGACCGCCAGAAACCUUGCGCAAAGAGGAGCGAGGGUGAUUGUCGCUUGCAGAGACAUAGCGAAGGCAGAAGCUGCAGCUAGUGAAAUCCGAGCUGAGACAGGGAACCAGCAAGUCAUUGUGAAAAAACUGGACUUGGCUGAUACGAAGUCUAUCCGGGAGUUUGCUGAGAAAUUUCUAGCAGAGGAGAAAGAACUCCAUAUUCUCAUUAAUAAUGCUGGGGUAAUGUUAUGCCCUUACUCCAAGACUGCUGAUGGCUUUGAGAUGCACCUGGGCGUCAAUCAUCUUGGUCAUUUUCUCUUGACCUUCCUAUUGCUGGAGCGUCUGAAGCAGUCUGCCCCAGCCCGCAUAGUGAACGUGUCCUCACUGGCUCAUCACGGAGGCCGAAUCCGCUUCCAUGAUCUCCAUGGUGAGAAGAGCUACAAUCGCGGCCUCGCCUACUGUCACAGCAAAUUGGCUAACGUGCUCUUCACCCGGGAGCUGGCGAGGCGGCUGCAAGGCACUAAAGUCACAGCAAACGCUCUCCAUCCUGGUUCUGUCCAUUCUGAGCUGGUCCGGCACUCAUUUGUAAUGAUGUGGCUGUGGAAGAUAUUCUCAUUCUUCUUGAAGACACCUUGGGAAGGAGCUCAGACCAGUGUCUACUGUGCAGUAGCAGAGGAGCUAGACUCUGUGACAGGACAGUAUUUCAGUGAUUGCCAGCCAGCAUACGUGUCUCCACGGGGUCGGGAUGAUGAGACAGCAAAGAAGCUCUGGAGCGUGAGCUGUGAGCUCCUUGGCAUCCAGUGGGACUGAGCAGCGCAGACCUCAAGUGUCUACCUGGCUGAGCCCAGCAAUGCUUCUCCCGGGAAGAGCACUGCUGAGAGACCUCAAGACUAGAAUGCUGAUACUUCAGCUGCCCUAACGAUGGCUCUAUGGACACAAUCUGAUGUGAAUUUCUGGAAUAUUACACUUGAGGAUUGAGAUUUGUAAGCAACCAGUCCCCCUUCCUAGCUGGAGAAUUAGAGCACUGACGCAGGGAGCAACCUUCGCUUGGUAUCUCACACAACAGCCAGAAGCUAUUGUUCUCUGGCUUUAGAAUAGAAGUGGAGGUUGCAGUCUUAGGUUUAGAUUAAGUAACAAGGAAUUACCUUUAUUUAAAGUUUUUUUCCUAACAGUAAUAGUAAAAAGGUAGGACUCUCAGCUUAUGAUCUAUGAGGUUAUUUUCAGUUCCUACUAUUUGACCUGUCAGAGUGAAAGUACUUUAGGGUAUUAGAUUUUCUGGCAGUUACAUGCAAUACAAAUGCUCUCAAGCACACAAAACCAAGUGCUGGCCUUUUUGUGCCAAGCAUUAGGUAAAGUUUUUAGGUGGAAUCAAUUAUUUUUCUCUAUAUUCUGUGUAAGAAGCUGGACCCUAGCCACUGAAGUAUCUUGGCCCCAAAUGCCAACUGAUUGCAGUAACUGAGGCUUCGCGUAUCUUUUGAGAACCCAGGUCUCAGUGCAGGUGGCUGGGUGGUUAAAAGCUGCAGGAGUGCCGCAAUUGUGCGUAGGCAAGUUAUCUUAUUAAAAAAAAUUAACAUCUCUCCUGUGAAGCAUUGAGCAAAGAUGGUGUAAAAGUUGUCACAAUAACCCCCCAGCUGCACUUUAAAUGACUUUAGAACCUAGAAAAGAGAGCAGAAUGAGUAAAGAACAUCUCAACUAUGUUAAAAAACAUCAUUAAACAACUUCAGCUGAGACUCUACCUUUAAAUGACAGCAAACUACCUAGAGCUAAAUAGCUGAAGCAGAGGUCAGGACUAUCUUGAUAUUAUGGUCAAGUUAGCUACAGGACAGGAAAGUAAGACUUGCACAAAAAUCCUUAGGUUUGUCUGCCCAGCGGUUACUGGCCUUGGCUGGCCAAGGCUGCCAGCCUGGCUGUGGAGUACCACACAGCUUGCACUUCCGAAAGGCAGCUGGGUCAAUCCACGUAGUGAUGGGACUGCUCCCUUGGAACUCUAGGGCUACUUUGGUGCAAAUUGCUAGAGUGUUUCAGAAAUAACCUCUGACUAUGGAUCAGAGUUAAGCAGUUAGUUAGAAAACAAGUGCCACAGCUCAUAGGAUUAUCUUCUGCUUCUGAAAAAAAAUCUGGAAGUUUUUGGACUUGCAUAUGAGCAUGCCACUGUGACUGCCAAUUUUGGGAAACAAAUGCUAAUUUUAUGAUUAAUCCUUUCUGCCUGGAUGCUAUCUAUGCAGAUCAGUCCUGUGCUACCUCUGAGCAAUACUAAAUAAAGCCAUUUUCCUUUUACAACAGGAGACUGUAUCUUCCUUCAGAAAUGUUCAGUCAGUUUACUUGGUGUUGCUGUUAUCUGCACCUGCCUUACUAAUGUAGAGUACUCAGUUUGGGUAACAUUUUGAAGUGCCUUUGUGUUUCUCCCUGUCACACUACCUUUAACUCCCUCUCUAUGCUUCAUCUUGAAUAUGAAGCUAAAGCCACAACUACAAUGUAGCAGUAGAAUGCUACCUGGCAUUGCAGGCUUGGCUUGCUUUCUCUGUGUGAUUCUCUGAUCUUGAAAGUGGCUUUCAGGAGCAAUGGAAAUCAUUUUAAAAAAAGCAGAAAGUGUCUCUAGGCUGAAAUAUUUUGCCCUGGCAGGUCAAUGCUCUUCUCAAAGAAGUCUGAUUGUAGAUUUAACAUAAGACAUACAACUACACAUUUCCACAGAUGCACACCCACUCUUUUUGACCUUGGGCAAGCCAUUAUACCUUCUUCUAGGCUGAGCUGUAAAAAUGAGGGAACUAAAGCUCAUUUAGCUGUCUCAAAGGGAGGCUUGUAAGGGAGAGUUAGAUUAACUUGCAAAACUCUCUAAAGAGGAUUACUGGUUUGUGAGAGUACAUGUAUGAGGCUGAGCUAGCUACCUAGCUACUGGGAGGACUUCUAAAGAUGUAAUAUUCCAAUUGAUCUAAAUGUUGAGGACACUGUAACAGAGAGAGAUUUUGCAUGACGGAACAAUUCUCCCUCUUCUAAUUACUCUGCUAAGCAUAGCCAAAAGCAAAAUACAGAUCUAGAAAGAGAUCCCCAACUGCUGAGAUAAAAACCAAACAGAAGAUACGUUAAUAGUCAUAAUACUUUAUUCUCUUUUUUCAUUGUAAACAAACCUUGGUCAUUAAUAGAGAAGUUCUUUUUAACUGGCAGUACUCAAUCCCUUUUUGAUGCUCAAAAAUUCAAAGCCCCUUGAUAAUGGUGCUAUUCAUGACAAGGCAGUUAGUCAGGGUCAAAGUUCCAGUUCUGUUGGUAAGAGAAAGCUCCCUACAAUUCCAGGUUAAGAACAUCAAAUUACAACGAACACUGUAUAAAGUGCAUCAGGUACAGUGCAAAGAGGUCAGGAAGAAAGGCAGGUACAGAACUGACUGGUCUUCAUGGCAAACUCCACUCUCUGUGCUCUAUACAGCUGAAGGAACUCGAGCAGAAAAGUAGGUAUUACAGCAAUGCAGAUCUGGAUACCCGCAAACAGUAAAACCUCCUCCCCAUAAUGAGAGAUUUGGAACUGAUCAAAGACAUGGGUAGUGUCACAUUUUAGGAUUAGCCUAACAGCUGUAAUCUGACGGAAAGCUAGGUCAGUCUGGCCAAGAAAACAAAAGCUUUCAUUAGUACUGCUCACUAAUGAGAUAGAUAAUGCAAAUCUGUGUUCAGGAGGUUCUGAAAGGUAAAUGUGGCCAUUUCUGACCGCUUCGCUCUGAGACAUUUCUAGCCCUGCUCUAGUGAGCGGAGCACCUCCCAGAGAGGUGUUUGUGUCAGUGUGGCGCUGCUCAUGAAACACUAAGGAGAUGGACCACGUCCUUUCCAAUACCAUGGAAGUCUGUUCUGUCACUACAGUGAGCUUGGGGAUAGUGCAAAACUCUUAUUUGACAGUCUCAAUUACUUUAUGUACUAAAACUAUUUACAGUUACAUUACACUUCAGAAAACCUGUUGUUUCUUUUGAAGUAAAUAACUAAAAUUUUAACAGAAAAUGUGAACUAACUUUCCUACUUCUUGUGCUGAAAUACAUGUAAACAGCAAA